GUUUAUAGAGGACCAGCAUGUCAGCUCUUCUGAGGAGCCUUCUGGCUGCCUCAGAGAAAGCUGCCCGCAUUGCCCAGCUAUGUCGCCAAGAGGAGGCCCUCUUCAGCCUGCUCAUUGAGGAGAAGAGAGGUGCGGACAAGAAUAAGAAGUUCUUGCAGGACUUCAAGACAUUGGCAGAUGUGCUAAUCCAAGAAGUCAUCAAACAUGAUGUGGGAAAAGAGUUUCCAGAACUACAAGAUCACAUUUGUGGCGAGGAGUCCAACAAAUUUGAAAAUGGCCUUGGUGAGAUUGUAGUGGUGCGGGUUUGCCCUACCCAACAGGAAACGGCUACCCUGUUGCAGAAAGUCCUGGAUCGGAAACAAACAGCCGCUGAAUUGUUGGCAGCUGCUGUUCAUCAGGAAGUGGUGCUUUCCGACCCAGCGUUGGACAAUGUGGCUGUGACCAUCUCGACUGACAGCUUGGCUGUAUGGAUUGACCCCAUAGAUUCCACUAAUCAGUACAUUCGUGGGUAUGGCAGUGUGAUGCCAGUGAAUGGCAUCUAUCCAUCUGGACUUCACUCAGCGCUUGUGCUGAUAGGAGUAUACAACCGUCACUCGGGUGAGCCCGUCCUUGGCAUCAUCAAUGAGCCUUUUUUCCAGGAGGAGCUGCCAGCACACAGGUGGCAGAGCAAAUACCACUGGGGCAUUUCCUACGGAAGCACCAAGCUAAGCUCGCUGAGCCAACCCCAGCGGCAGCCUUCCCCCUGCGUGGUGCUGAGCAGCAACGAGACAACCGUGUUGCGGAAAGCACUGGCCCCACUAUACGGUGAGAAGCUGUGCUUUGCUUCAGGUGCCGGCUACAAGAUGCUCUGUGUCGCCCUCGGCCUUGCCGAUGCUUAUGUACUUUCGGAAGGCAGCACCUUCAAGUGGGACUCCUGUGGCCCCCAUGCCAUUCUGCGAGCCCUCGGGGGAGGCAUCGUUGAUCUUUCAGCAGCCCUGCAGGUUUGGCGUGGUGGGCAACACAAGAAUUUGCCCGAACUGACCUAUAACAAGCCCACAGAGGGCGCUGUGGGUGCUGAGCGCUGGGCAAAUCAAGGAGGGCUUAUAGCCUAUGUCUGCCACAAGCAUCUCGAGGCUGUGAUGGUCACACUAGCAAAUGCGGCAGACGCUUUCUAAAACACAGCCCCAUCAGUGCAAAUUAGUGGGAGCAUUUGCCUGUGUAUGAGGAGG